AGCCGGCGCUGCCCGGCGCGGCUCCGCCCGCGCGUUCCGGCGGAGCUCCCGCAGGUCUCCUCUGAAAGCCUGGUGGGGUAAAAGCUGUGUGGGGAUCUCCACAGCUGCAGGAUUUGCUGUCCCCACUCACGGGGACUCCCUGUUCUGUGGCUGUGACUCCUAUUUCCCUGCUCAGCAUUUCCUUGGAUGAUGUUGCUCUGUUUUCUGAGCAGAGCCCUGCCACGAGCCAGGCAUUCACCCAGCCCACUGGGGAAACAACUCUGCUCAGCCAGCACCAAUAAGCCAGUGUUGACUUUAUACACCAAGAAACCAUGCCCUCUGUGUGAUGAAGCAAAAGAAGUUCUUGAGCCAUACAAGAGAAGGUUUAUUCUGCAGGAGGUGGAUAUUACCCUUCCAGAGAACUCAGCGUGGUAUGAUAAAUACAAAUAUGACAUACCUGUUUUUCACUUAAAUGGGAAGUUCCUAAUGAAGCAUCGUGUCGACAUUCAAAAAUUUGAGGAACAACUUAGGAACCUGGAAUUGCAAAAUGAGAGAAACCAGUGAAGAAAAUGCAGCUGCUCUGAGGCAGAUCUCAAAGGAAUUUAAGCAGGCUCACUUGACAGAUGUGUCUUCACAGAGGGAAGAAUCCAGAUGCAAUGCCUGGCUGGAACACCAAACUGAAAUAAAGCAGGCUUCAAGAAAGACAAGUCUUAAGUUUUGGAGAAUGGUUUAAUAAGUCAGCUGAUCUGCUGUGGUGAAAAUGGACUGCUCCUUCAUGGCCUUGUCCUGCAGUGUCUUUAGCAUUUGACAAAUAAUUUGCAAUCUAGUUUUGAUGUAUACCCCAAUAUGAAAAAUUUCUGGGGAGGAGGGAAUCAGAAAUUAAAACUUCCAGCUUAGCAGCUUUACUCCACUCAGGUUCUGAAACUAUCCAAGAAUUCCCAGGAGGGAGACCUGUGCCAUUUUUUUAGCAGAGAACUUGAGGUAAGAUCAGCCAGAUCAUGGAUCCACAAUGUUUUUCAUCACCAUUAGCAGAAGAACAGAGACAAACAUUUCUAUGCUUUCUGCAGUUCAUAAUGCUACAGUCAAAGUUCUAACUGUUCCACGGGUUACUGUUAAAUAAAAGAUCUGAAUUAUCUCUCUA